CUGUAAGCUUAUAGUUCACUGUUGAUUGCAUGUAAUGUUUGCAAUUUAAGUGCUGCAACAAGUUUUCUGUGACGUCUCAGACCAUCCGUUGUCGAUCGAAGUGUCGAGUUGACCACCCUGCGGCGCACGGCAUCUGAACGCAAAGAGUAACUUUCACGGCUUUCCUACAAUUUUGUAACAGCCCUCGCAAACAUGCGUAUUGAGGAAGUUUCGUCGACGACAAAGACUCAGCGCGUGGCAACUCAUACGCAUAUCAAAGGCCUUGGUCUACAAGAUAAUGGCACAGCACUGCCCUUAGCAGCGGGCUUUGUCGGCCAAGAACAGGCUCGUGAAGCUUGCGGCGUAGUGGUGGACUUGAUCCGCCAAAAGAAAAUGGCGGGCCGAGCUCUGCUGCUUACUGGCGCUCCUGGAACUGGCAAGACAGCGCUAGCACUUGGCAUAGCACAGGAGCUGGGCACCAAGGUCCCCUUCUGCCCCAUGGUGGGCUCCGAGGUGUAUUCCUCCGAGGUGAAGAAGACGGAGGUGCUCAUGGAAAACUUCAGGAGGGCCAUCGGUUUGCGUAUUAAGGAGAACAAGGAGGUGUACGAGGGGGAGGUGACGGAGCUGACACCCGAAUACACGGAGGCUGUGGGUGGCGGGUACGGCAAGGUGGUGAGCCACGUGGUCAUCGGAUUGAAGACGGCCAAGGGGACCAAGCAGCUCAAAUUGGACCCCACCAUUUACGAUGCGCUGCAAAAGGAGAAGGUGCAGACGGGUGACGUCAUCUACAUCGAGGCCAACAGCGGGGCAGUGAAGCGCGUGGGCAGAUGCGAUGCGUACGCCACUGAGUUCGAUUUGGAGGCGGAGGAGUACGUGCCGCUGCCCAAGGGCGACGUGCACAAGCGCAAGGAGAUUGUACAAGAUGUAACGCUUCAUGACCUGGACGCGGCCAACGCCCGACCUCAGGGCGGUGGUGACAUCAUGUCGGUGAUGGGCAGCAUGCUCAAACCCAAGAAGACGGAGAUCACGGACAAACUGAGACAGGAAAUCAACAAGGUGGUGAACCGCUACAUCGACCAAGGAGUGGCCGAGCUGGUCCCCGGUGUGCUGUUCGUUGACGAGGUGCACAUGCUGGAUAUCGAGUGCUUCACCUACCUGAACAGAGCCCUGGAGAGCUCGUUGUCCCCGAUUGUGAUCUUCGCCACCAAUCGAGGUCUUUGCACCAUCCGCGGCACCGACAUCACCUCCCCACACGGCAUACCGGUGGACUUGCUUGAUCGCCUGGUCAUCAUCCGUACACUGCCGUACACGCUAGCGGAGAUGGUCCAGAUCUUGGCCAUUCGUGCGCAGGUGGAAGGUAUCGGCAUCGACGAGGAAAGUCUCGCCUUCCUGGGUGAGGUAGGGGAGCGCACCUCCUUGCGUCAUGCCGUACAGCUGCUCACGCCCGCCUCCAUGUUGGCUCGUACCAACGGCCGUGACGCCAUCUCCCGCGGUGAUUUGGAGGAGGUCGACGUGCUGUUCCACGACGCCAAGUACUCGGCAAGACUGCUGGCGGAACAGGCCGACAAGUACAUCAGCUGA